AUGGCCUUGAGCCCAAGCCACCUCCCCUCCUUGGUCUUGAACCUCCUCCUUCACCACCCCAUCCUGGCGAAGCACCUCGCCCGCCCGAUCUCCCUCGCCUCGUUUUUUUACAACACCACCAAUGCCUCGCGCCUCACCACCUACGCGGAGGAGGUAGCAACACACACGCGACUGAUGGAUACCCACAAGGCAGCCCUUGCUGCUCACACCUCGGCUGCUGCCCUUCAUGCGAAGUACGCUGCUGAUAAGACGUCGUACACCUUCCAACUGACUGAUUUCAAUACUCGCCAUGCCGCCUGGUGCAUUGACGACACUCGGGCUAUUGGCCUCAUCAACUCCUGCAUCCCGACCUCGCUCCAGAGUGAGCUUGACGCCACUUCCUCUGCAGUUCUCUGGCGCGCCCUCUGUGAUCUGUAUGACCGUCGGGACAUGGCAUCUUUUCAUGCCCUCUACCGUGACUUCAACGCUAUCACCCUUGACAACUGCACCGGCGCAGCUGACUAUACCCGUCGCCUCAACAACACAGCUCGGCGUGUUCGGGAGCGUGGGGCCACUAUUGACGACCCCCUCCUCAUUUGGCGCAUCCUCGAGGGACUCACCCCGGCUUAUGAGAUGCACCGCAUCGCCCACGACAUUGUUCUCUCUCCCCACGCCACGGCUGCCGAAGUCACCACAUGGAUACUAAAGCCAAGCUUACCCGCCAGUCCCCCUCCACCCUCAACUUCACACAGGGACGCGGAGGGCAUGGGGGGCGUGGUGGCAAGGGUCGUGGUGGAGGGAGUGGCGGAGGCGGUGGUGGUCGAGGUGGAGGGGCUGGCAGUGGUGCUACAGGUGGGACGUCGGGAGGUGACGUCCCUCCACCUGUAUCCUCCUCCCCUACGUCACUAG